AUGUAUAAGUCGGAGGUGUAUAAAGGUGAAGAGUUACUUGGGGAGGUAGAAAUAUACCCAGAAGAGAACGAGAACAAGAACAAGAACAAGAAUUUGGUUGAUGAGUUGAAGGAAAUCAGAAUAAGCUAUUUUUCGCAAUCAAGUGAGAGAUGUCCACCAGUGGCAGUGCUUCAUACCAUAAGCUCUCAUGGUGUUUGCUUCAAAAUGGAGUCAAAGACCUCGCAGUCUCAAGACACGCCGCUCUUUCUUUUGCACUCCUCGUGUGUCAUGGAGAACAAGACUGCAGUAAUGCCGCUAGGAGGGGAGGAGCUCCAUUUGGUUGCCAUGCACUCCAGGAAUAGUGAUAAAAGGUAUCCAUGUUUCUGGGGAUUCAGUGUUGCACCAGGACUCUACAAUUCUUGCCUUGUCAUGCUGAACCUUAGAUGUCUUGGCAUUGUGUUUGAUCUUGAUGAAACACUCAUUGUUGCAAAUACAAUGCGCUCGUUUGAGGAUCGAAUUGAGGCCCUACAGAGGAAGAUAAGCAGUGAGGUAGACUCACAACGCAUUUCUGGCAUGCUUGCAGAGAUCAAGCGAUAUCAAGAUGACAAGUUUAUAUUGAAGCAAUAUGCUGAAAAUGAUCAAGUUGUUGAAAACGGGAGGGUGAUCAAAACUCAGUCUGAGGCUGUUCCAGCCUUGUCUGAUAAUCAUCAACCUAUUAUUCGGCCACUUAUACGGUUACUCGAGAAGAACAUUAUACUGACUCGCAUUAAUCCACAGAUUCGUGAUACAAGUGUUCUCGUGAGGUUGAGACCUGCAUGGGAGGAUCUUCGGAGUUACUUGACUGCAAGAGGGCGCAAGCGCUUUGAGGUUUAUGUUUGCACAAUGGCUGAAAGGGAUUAUGCUUUAGAAAUGUGGAGGCUUCUGGAUCCUGAUUCAAAUCUGAUAAACUCGAACAAAUUAUUGGAUCGCAUUGUGUGUGUCAAGUCUGGUUCAAGGAAGUCGUUGUUCAAUGUCUUCCAAGAAAGCUUAUGCCAUCCUAAGAUGGCAUUGGUAAUUGAUGAUCGCUUGAAAGUAUGGGAUGACAGAGAUCAACCUCGGGUGCAUGUUGUUCCUGCAUUUGCGCCAUACUAUGCUCCUCAAGCUGAGGCAAAUAAUGCCGUUCCUGUCCUGUGUGUUGCAAGAAACGUUGCCUGCAAUGUCAGAGGUGGGUUUUUUAGAGAAUUUGAUGACAGUCUUCUACAAAAGAUUCCUGAAGUUUUCUAUGAAGACGAUAUUAAAGAUGUCCCUUCUCCUGAUGUGAGCAAUUAUCUAGUUUCAGAGGAUGAUUCUUCUGCUUUAAAUGGAAACAGGGACCCUCUUCCUUUUGAUGGCAUAACAGAUGUUGAGGUUGAAAGAAGAAUGAAGGAAGCAACCUCAGCUGCUUCAAUGGUAUCUUCAGUAGUCACUAGCAUAGAUCCAAGACUUGCUUCUCUUCAGUACACAGUGGCUCCUUCUUCUAGCACACUUUCACUGCCAACAACUCAGCCAUCAGUGAUGUCUUUUCCUAGUAUACAGUUCCCUCAGGCAGCUUCACUGGUUAAACCUUUGGGUCAUGUUGGCUCUACAGAACCAAGCUUGCAAAGUUCUCCCGCUAGAGAGGAGGGUGAGGUACCUGAAUCGGAAUUAGACCCUGAUACAAGGCGGAGGCUGCUGAUUUUGCAGCAUGGCCAAGAUACAAGAGAUCAACCACCAAGUGAGCCUCCAUUUCCUGUAAGACCUCCAAUGCAAGCCUCUGUUCCACGAGCGCAAUCGCGUCCAGGCUGGUUUCCAGUGGAGGAAGAGAUGAGCCCACGGCAACUGAGCCGGAUGGUACCCAAAGAUCUUCCUUUAGAUCCAGAACCAGUGCAGAUUGAGAAGCAUCGACCUCAUCACUCGUCUUUUUUCCCUAAGGUUGAGAAUUCGAUUCCAUCUGAUAGAAUUCUUCAAGAAAACCAGAGAUUGCCAAAAGAGGCAUUUCAUAGAGAUGAUCGGUUGAGAUUCAACCAUGCAUUGUCUGGUUAUCAUUCAUUGUCAGGUGAGGAGAUUCCCUUAAGUCGAUCCUCUUCCAGCAACAGAGAUGUUGACUUUGAAUCUGGACGAGCUAUAUCAAAUGCAGAAACUCCUGCUGGAGUUUUACAGGAAAUUGCAAUGAAGUGUGGAGCCAAGGUGGAGUUUAGGCCAGCUUUGGUUGCUAGUACGGAACUGCAGUUUUAUGUUGAGGCUUGGUUUGCUGGAGAGAAAAUUGGUGAAGGAAGUGGUAAAACGAGAAGGGAAGCUCAUUACCAGGCUGCUGAGGGUUCUCUGAAAAAUUUAGCCAAUAUAUACCUUUCCCGUGUCAAGCCUGAUUCUGUGUCCGUUCAUGGGGAUAUGAACAAGUUUCCUAAUGUUAACAGCAAUGGUUUUGCGGGUAAUUUGAAUUCUUUUGGUAUCCAGCCAUUUCCCAAAGAGGAGUCCCUGUCAUCUUCAACUUCAUCGGAGCCUUCUAGGCCACUAGAUCCUAGGCUGGAAGGCUCUAAAAAGUCAAUGAGUUCAGUGUCUACACUCAAAGAACUUUGUAUGAUGGAGGGCCUUGGUGUAGUUUUCCAACCACGACCUCCACCUUCCACUAAUUCAGUCGAGAAAGAUGAAGUUCAUGUACAGGUUGAAAUAGAUGGGGAGGUUUUGGGGAAGGGAAUUGGAUUGACGUGGGAUGAGGCUAAGAUGCAGGCUGCUGAAAAGGCGCUCGGAAGUCUAACAUCAACGCUAUAUGCUCAGAAACGUCAGGGUUCUCCAAGGUGUGUGAAUUCAUUAGCUGCAAUUCCAGUUUACUUUACUCCCUCUACAAGUGGUCCUUUGAGCACCAAGAGACCUCAUUUUGGAAGAGCAUAUUAG